AUGGUUCCUCUACGCAGGCCCCCAGGCCUGCUAGUCUUCGGGGGAUGGUCCUCAAAGCAAGCUGCAUCCGAGACAUUGAGAUUCGUGAAGCAGCAUGUGGCACAACUGCGCUCGGACCUCGACAUGGAAGAGGCCUUCAUCCCAGGAGGCACUGCGGACCGUUCGAGAAGCCAAAAUCAUCACCGGACCGAGACCCGAAGGCUGAUCAUAUUCGCAGCACUACUUCUCGUGGUCUUCUUCGGUUUUGCUGUCGCAUUUUCGCUCGGCUUGGGGACAAGUGACAAGAAUUUUGUUACCAUUCCUGGCUCAUUUCUCGUCCUGUUCUUCCUGUUGAUCGACGGCUACUCCAUAGAUGUGGAGUGGUUCCGCCCUGGGAAGGACCAAGUGGUGACGUUGAUAUUCUUGGGCUACAUCGCAUUGAUCUACUUCGUACUUCUGAACAUCUUCGUGGCCAUUGUCCUAGAUACAUUUUCGUUGGCUUCCAGACUGUAUGCGGUGGAGGCGAACAAGAAGAACCCGAUGAUUGUUUUCCUUCACACGUAUUACAACUGGAUGAAGGGGCAAUCGCUUGUUAAAGACGAGGCAGAGGAGCACAUGAAUCCCAAGGAUCUCUCGAUCACUCUCGAUUUGCUUCCGGGCCUGGUUCGUCGAAAGUGGGUCGAAAAGAAACGCAGGAUGCAGUAUGUUGCCGACCAGAACUUUGCAGGCAUGGACCUCUUUCCCGAGGAUGUAGAUCGUUCUUUGUCGAAAAAGGCGGAUAACAUCGUCACCGAUUGGAUGUUGCCAAGCACACAAUCGGAUGUCUUUGACCAGAUGACAGCUCCGAUCGAGCACAAGCCUCUGGCGCUGUACGAUAUCCCGCCGAGCGUAAUGAAGCAGGAGAUCAGCCGGGCGCAGCUCCAGCGACUAAUGGACGAGGAUUCCACGAUUCCACUUCUACUUGGCAGCAAACGCGCAGUGGACGUAAUCCGCAAGUUCAAGUCUGAAGAGCGGGAGGAGUCUGGAAACCCCGUGAGCGCCGUGAAAUCCAUGCAGGGGACGAUCUUCGCUCGCAUUGACAAACUGGAGCGUGUCAAAUUGGACGACGAUGUGCCGGAGGUGCCUGAAAUCUCACAGGUGGCGGAGCAGAUGAGCGGUGCCAUCCUGGACUUGAGGAACCAGUUCCGUGUGCAGCUGACGGGUGUCAUCGAGUGCACAGCAGUGCUCUUUGAGCACCUCGUUGAGCUGACGCAGGGCUUGGACGAGGUACGGCAGAACAGUGAUGGUGUUCUGCAGCUGGUUCGAAACAACAAGUUCCAGGAAACUGGCCUUGGUGAUGUGAUGCUGAUGUACUUGCUCGGUUGGUGCUUGGGGCUGUCGCUUGGGGCACAGCACGAGGGCGCGAGCUGGGAGGAGCUGCGACGGGACGUCACGGAGAUCUUCGAGGACGGCAGGCUCUCGCCGCGCAGCCUCGGUGGCGAGGAGCUGCGCAGCCUCGUCGCCGAGCAGCGCUUGUCGCAACUGGAGGUUGCAGUUUGGUCUCUGCAAAGCAUGGAGCUCCCGGAGGUGCAGUUGGCCGUGCACGCGCAGGAUCGACGCCUCGCAGACUUGGAGACAGGACCACAAGGGCAGGACGUUCUGCAGGCAAGGCAUGCUGCAGAUUUCAUUGUCGAGGAUGGUAGCCGUAUGUCCGAAGGCCGUCCGUGUGAGCCCGCUGAGGAGCUUCGCCAGUCGGUGGCUGAACAGCGCGUGUCGCAGUUGGAAGCUGCUCUUUGGUAUCUGCAGAGGGAGCUUCCCGAAAUGCAAGGAGCGUUACAUUCCCAGGACCGGCGGCUCCUGAGCUUGGAAUCUCGACUGGAUGCGCAGGCGGCGCAGGCAUUGCAGGUCUCACCAGCAGAGGUGGUCGAGGAAGCUUUGCAGGAUGUGGCAGAUGCAGGCAGGACUCUUGUCGCUGAUGCACACGAGCAGGGCGAGGUAACGAGCAAUGCCGGCGAGGAGGCAGCUGGAGGGCAUCAGUCUAUGAGGCGAGUGCCGGCAGCUUCAGGCAGCUCACGCAGUCGUGAUGCAGUGCACGGUGCAGAGGACGGUGGUGGGCCGAGCAUGUCUCGGUCUUCCACGUCCGGCCCGUCCGGCCCGGAGACCGGCCCGGAGACGAGCGCCGGCCCAUCCGCCGGCCUCAGCCAACCCGGGCCCUCUGGCCGAGAGGAUGCGGUGGUACCGGUGGUACCGGUGGGAGUGGGAGGCGACGGUGAUGCAGGCAGCGGGGAAGCGUCCGGGCCCGGGGAUGGCGCUGCAGGGGCGGAGGCCUGGCCGUCGCCUGGGCCUGGGCCGUGGAGCGUCCGCGAGCGCAGCGAGCGCAGCGAGCGGAGCUCGGAGCGAACGGAAGCGGCGGGGGAUGGGGCAGCGGGAUUGGCUGGAGAACGCGAGACGGACAUGCUACAUCUGUCCGACCAUCAGGGCACCUCGGUCCAUCAGGCGGCGAUGGUGCUGCUGGCAGAAGUGGUGGAUGCGAGUCCGAAGUCGGACACGUUUUACAGUCCUUGGGUGGAGACGGUGCCGCAGGUGGAGGCCUUGAUUGCGGCCCACUGUGAAACAGUCGAGUUCUGUCCUGCUGCAUUCGCUUCAGCAGGCCGUGCCCGCGAGGGAGAUUUUGGUGGCGGAGCCCCAAGCAUGAACCCAGAAGCUCCAGAGGCUCGUCCGGUAUGGCUUUGUGAUACUUGGCGCGAAGUUGUGGCUGAGCCGACCAGGGGAGCCUUGUGCAGGGCCAUCCGAUGCCAGACGAAGCGGACCGUGCUGCGGCACCCCCUGCUGGGAUCUUGCAAGGGCAUCCCCGCCAAAUUCAGGAACAAGCGGCCGAAUCCGAGGAGUUUUCGCCAGACUCCGCUUCGCAGGACUUUGAAGAUGUCCAGCCGCAGUCCUUGGACGAUGCUUUGCUGUCUCUUGUCAGCCGCAGUACUGGUCGCGGGCAUGAUCGCCAACAAAGUGAUGAGCGCGAUGAGGGCUCGGUGCCAGAGUUCGAUGUGUCCGAAGCACCCAGCAGGAGCUCCUCCGACUCCUGUGACCGCGAGGAAGCUGCGAUGUGACUCACAGAAGCUACUGAGCUUCUGCCUGCUCCGUUCUUGCCUCAUGGCAAUGCACUGCGCAUACUGUGAGAGAGAGAGAGAGAGAGAGAAAGAGCUGUAA